CUUGAGGCCAGCCAGCGCUUCGACAUCGAUCGGACCUGUUAUUCGUGAUCGGACUAUUGGUCGGUUGACUUCAAUCGUGUGCGUGUUUGUGUGCGUGUAACACAACGUGCGUCUGCAGAAUUAAACAAAGAUGGGUGUUCCUGAUGGUGACGUAGAAAAAGGAAAGAAGCUUUUCGUGCAAAGAUGCUCACAGUGCCAUACCGUCGAGGCGGGUGGCAAACACAAAGUAGGUCCCAAUUUACACGGUCUUAUAGGUAGGAAAACUGGUCAAGCGUCGGGUUUUACGUACACGGAGGCUAACAAAGCUAAAGGUAUUACCUGGACCAAGGACACCCUGUUCGUGUACCUGGAAAACCCAAAGAAAUACAUUCCCGGCACGAAGAUGGUGUUCGCCGGGAUGAAGAAACCGCAAGAACGUGGCGAUUUGAUCGCUUAUCUAGAACAAGCAACGAAGUAGGCGCGUCCUUAACGUGCACCACGUGCGCACCAUUGUGCGGUUAGAGGUGUCAGGAUGCGCUCGCGCGCGCGAGAUGCCGCGCACGUCACGACACAUUAGUACGAUUAUUAUCACUCACUCCACAUCUCCCUCCCCCUCCUCCUCCUUCUCUUCACCCUUCCGUUCUAUUCUCCCAUCAUCUCAGUCCUGUAUUCACGCCACUGAUGGUAUUCUCUCUUAUCGAUGGUACUCAGAGCGUUCGCGCAUGUUCGAAUAGCGAUGAAUUGUUAUUAUAUUAUUGAUAAGUAUGCGGCCGUGUGGAUAAUGUAACUAUAUGACACAGGAGUCGUUUCCGACCCUGUUCCCCUCUUCAUCAUCACCGAAAAUAUUCUCAGGUCGCCGCGUUACGGUCCACUGUGUGGACGGAUCGGACCUGCGUCGUGCGAUUAUUUAUUAUCAUCGUGCCGAUUGUAUCAUGCAGCGAGUGUGUCGACCUGUAAAGUGCGACGGCAAUAUACAGACUAGACAAUUCCA